AUGAUAGCCUGCAUUAACUCUGUUCCAGCUCCGACGGAGGAUGCAGCUAAUGAUCGUCGUCUAUGGCGCCACGGAGAGGAGGAUUACAAACCAGACUUCUCGAGCAAGGCAACAUGGGAGCAACUUUGCGAUCAUCAUCAACAACCUACUUGGUGUAAAGCAGUUUGGUUUCUGCAGAGUGUACCACGAUUCGCGUUCAUCACGUGGUUAGCUUUUCAUGAUCGGCUGUCGACGGGAACGAGAAGCAGAGCUUGGGGUUGCGUCCAACCGUGUCUCCUCUGUGGUGAACCGGACGAAAUCUGUGAUCAUCUGUUCUUCGCAUGUCCCUACUCUUUUACAGUAUGGAUUGACUUGGUGGGGUUCCUAUUGGGUUCUCGUGUGAAUCCUGACUGGAACAUCACUAUCGAGUCACUCCUAUCAUCUCGCCGAAAGGAGAUGGAUACCUGUCUCCUCAAGCUUGCAUUACAAGCUACUAUCCAUAGCAUUUGGCGUGAGCAGAAUAGUAGGCGCCACCAGGGCUCCCCCCUCAGCACGAGUCAACUGGUUAGAUACAUCGACAAAACCAUCAAGAACAGGAUCACCUCUCUGCGGAAGCGGAAGCCGAGCUUUUAUGGAGAUAUGAUGCAGCGAUGGCUCUCUCGGGCCUCUUAG